AUGAAGAGUUGUAAACAUGUCCCUCCCACUUCUUCCAACCUGAAAAGGAAAAAGAAAGAAGAUAAUGGUAAGGAAAAGAAGAAAAAAGGUAGAAAGGUGGAGAAAGUGACGGAUGUUGACAUCAUUGAAUCUGAGAGCUUGCUGGAGAAUGAAAGUGAUGGACAAGGGUUUGACGAUGAUUCUCCUAGAAGCAAUGUUGUGGAAAGCGUGCUGCAAGAUUCCGACGACAACGAUUCUGGAUUAAUAGAAGGUUCUGAGACUGAAGAGGACAUUGGGUUUUCUUAUUCAGAUGAAGAGGAUAUUAGAACAAACGGUGGAGCAACAUCUAAGAAUUCAGUGGAUUUGAGCUCUUUUGAUUUACAUUUGCAACAUAAUUUAUCAAAAGAGGAAAUUGAUAACCAAAAGAAUUUGAAAUUCAGCUGGGAUGUACCAGUUAUCGGUGUCUCAAAUUGCAAAUGGAUAGGAACUGGAGAAAAUAUCUUGGAGGAUUUUGAUACCAACUCCUGUCAUGGUCUGAAGGCAAAGUUACAUGAGCAUUGGGUCGAUGUGUCCAAGACAUCUGGAGGAAAGGAUAUUAAUUCAUCUAAACAGCAGAUGUUUUUCUCCCUUUGCAGCAGCUACCGGGAUAUACUUCACUGUAACAAGAGACCAUUCUAUUUAAAAGGCCUUGAAGACAUUAGCAUCAUGGAUGCAUACAUAAUGCAUUCUCUAAAUCACGUCUUCAGAACUAGAGAUUGUGUUAAAAAGAAUGAUGCUAAACUGUCUAGGCUUGAAGAGGGUGCUGAUAGUGAGAGAUUCCGAGAUCAAGGGUUUCUUCGUCCUAAGGUUUUAAUUUUGUUGCCAUUGGCAAGUAUUAUGCACCGUGUUGUAAAGAGGCUGAUACAACUUACACCUUCAGCUUACAAGGUCAAUGUUGAGCAUAUGGAUCGUUUUUCCACUAAAUUUGGAGGUGAAGAACAUAAAGGUGACAAGGAAAAUGGCGAAGAACCUGAAAGUGCAGACCUUCAGAAGUCAUCCAAACCGGACGACUUUCAAUUACUUUUUGAAGGCAAUAAUGAGGACGACUUUAUGAUUGGCAUCAAAUUUACUAGGAAGACGAUCAAGUUGUUCAGUGAUUUCCAUACGUCUGACUUAAUUAUUGCUUCACCACUUUGUUUGGUUAAUAAAAUUGAAGAGACCGGAAGCAAUAAGGAAAAAGAUGUAGAUUUUCUUUCGUCCAUAGAGGUUCUCAUUAUUGAUCAUGCAGAUGUGAUAGCAAUGCAGAACUGGUCGCAUGUGCAUACAGUUAUUGAGCACUUGAACCGCUUACCAUCGAAGCAACCCAGAACAGAUGUUAUGCGCAUUAGACCAUGGUAUCUUGACGAGCAUGCCAGAUUUUACAGGCAAACAAUAAUUCUGGGUUUUUUCUCAAAUCCAGAUAUAAACGCUUCAUUCAAUCAUCAAUGUUCUAAUUAUGAAGGGAAGGUCAAGCUGAUGUGUGAAUAUAAAGGCGUUCUUCACAAAGUGCUCCCUAAAAUUCAACAGGUUUAUGUACGGUUUAAUAUAGACUCAAUAGUAGAUGCUGAUGACAACCGUUUUGAUUAUUUUGUGAAGAAGGUUUUCCCAAGAAUAAAAGAUUCUGAUGAGGGAGGGAUCAUGCUAUUUAUCAGUUCUUACUUUGAAUUUAUUCGAAUCCGAAAUUUUUUAAAGUCGCAGGAUGCCUCCUUCUGUCUGCUUGGGGAGUAUUCAACCCAAAAGGAUAUUUCUCGUGCACGUCUUUGGUUCUUUGAAGGGAAGAGAAAAAUCAUGCUUUACACAGAGAGAUCUCAUUUUUAUCACAGAUAUAAGAUUCGCGGGGUUAAGAAUUUAAUCAUGUAUUCUCUCCCAGAGAGGAAGGAGCUUUAUCCUGAGAUUGUAAAUGUGCUUGAUGGGUCUGAAAACACUGCGUGCACCGUCCUUUUUUCGCCUCUCGACAAGUUUCGGCUUGAAAGAAUAGUUGGAACUAUUCCAGCGAAAACCAUGGUGGCUUCGGAGAAACCUGUUUUUGUUUUUUGCGAUUAG